CAACUUAACAUUACCCAAUCCAUACAUACUUGAUGAGGUAGCCUUCACGCUGCACUUAUUUUGAACAACGACUGGUAGUGAUAGCAUUCUUGCCUCUCAAUCCUCACCGGGUUGCGUGAUCGACGGGGCCGGAUUCACCUAUCAAUCGACAGAGGUGUCCCCCACGCUCUCCUUUACCAAAUCCUGACUGGUGACCACUCCUGGUGACACGCGUUAUCUACAAACCCAGACACACCGCAUGGAUGACCCGAUCAGACGGCAGCGACUCGACCGCCGACGACCUCAUCUUCACUCCCUCCGGUACAGAAUCUCCUCUCCCUCCUCCUGUUCGGUCCUCCAAACCCUCUUCCGCCCGACCUGCCAGUCCUCUUCGUCUUGACUCCCUUCCCGCCGGCAUCAAAGACGAAUUUCGAUCCUAUCGACCACCACGAAUCCAAUUUAAUGACGACGCUCUCUCCGAGGACGAAGACAUGUCCGACCGCCCACGUAUGCACCGCCCGACAGGGCCUCAAGCCCACAUUCCCCUACUCGCCGAAGACAAACUCGAAAGUGCAAGCCAGAGCCGCGGCCGACCCGAAGGCCCCUCGACUCGUCAAUCUUUCGUCUCUCACCGAAGCACAUUCCGCUCACGCUCCCCAUCCUACGCACAGCCUGAGGAUGUGGUCCGGCGGAAGUACAUCUACGCCUCGUUCUUCUUGGUCCUCUCCCUGAUUUCGUUUGUCGUCCAGACCGAAACGGCCGUGUAUAUUCAGCAUGAACUACAUUGGAACAAGGCAUAUUGCAUGAUGUACUUGACGCACGGAUCGUGGAUAUUUCUUUGGCCCGUCCAGCUGGCCAUCAUACGUGUACAAAAGCGCAAGCUGUCGUGGCCUGCGUUCUGGCGGCGGCAUGUGUCCUUGAUCCGCACAACCGCACAGAUGGUACAACACCAGGAUCUGGCUCCGGGCCCGCGAAAGAUGAAGACGUCUCCAUGGCCGUACAUGAUCAAAAUGACCGCGUUUGUUACCACUUUCCUCACCAUGGCGGGCGGAUCGUGGUAUGUCGCUGUCAAUCUCACUAGCCCGUCCGAUCUCACGGCGAUAUAUAAUUGUUCCGCAUUCUUUGCAUACGUGUUUUCUAUCAUGCUGUUGAACGACAAAUUACGAUUCGAUAAGGCGAUCAGUGUUGGGUUGGCUAUUAUCGGUGUGUUAGUGGUUGCGUACGGGGACAAGGACGACUCGACGCCUGGACCGGGCACGAACAAUCCGGGCGCGGAGAAGGGUUUUGGCACGAAGCUAUUGGGCAAUAUAAUCAUUGGCAUUGGGUCGGUUGCGUAUGGAUUCUACGAGGUGCUUUACAAACGGUUCGCCUGCCCGCCAGAGGGGUGCAGUCCGGGCCGCGGGAUGAUUUUUGCAAACACAUUCGGUAGCAUGGUCGGGCUGUUCACGCUGACGGUGCUGUGGAUCCCGUUGCCAAUCUUGCAUUUCACUGGUCUGGAAGUGUUCGAACUGCCAAGUAGAAAGGCGGCGGGGUUACUGAUGAUAUCGACGCUGAGCAAUGCUGUGUUCAGUGGCUCGUUUCUCGUUCUGAUGAGCUUGACGAGUCCGGUGUUGAGUAGCGUGGCGGCUCUGUUGACGAUUUUCCUUGUGGCCAUUACGGACUGGUUGGUUACAGGGAAGCCGUUCAGUGCGGCAGCGCUAAGUGGGUGUGCGUUGAUUGUUGUGGCAUUUUGUAUGUUGAGCUGGGCGACGUACAAGGAGAUGAAGGAGGAUGAGAGGAAAAGGGAGGAAGAUGAGGAUAAGGUGCUCGAAAUGGAUGAUGAGGCUGACGAUGAACAGGCGGAUGACUUGGGGCGGAGGAGGGGGAGUGAUCGUGAUUAAGAUAAAACCAAGCAGGACUGGCGAGGCAUGUCUUGAUAUGAUGAAGGAGCGAGUCGCUAUUGCAUUUUUCGUGGAGUUGGGAUAGAAAUGUCAACCUAUAUUUGGAUGGGAUAUAUUUAGGUGCAUUUGCAUAGAGAGGUCGUGAGGAGCUGAUCACAGAACAUAAUCGACCCUACAGGAGGUAUUUGCUCAGUCAGGACAUGGGUCUCGAGCAGAGACAGGCUGUUCAGCUUGACCAGAUAGUCAUUGUCACUCAAUAAACUGCUGGUACGGAUUUUGUUACCAAAUGUCCU